AUGAUUGUGGACUACAGGAAGCUGUGGAAGGAGGUCACUCCCCCUCCUAUCAAUGGAGCCAAAGUGGAAAGUUUCUCAGUGUAUACAUCACCGAUGUCCAACACAGCAUUGAGAUCAGCCCACCAGCGCCUCUUCUUCCUACGAAGGUUCAGGAAGUUUGAUCUGCCCCCUGACAUCCUCACCAUCUUUUAUAGAUGCACAGUAGAGAGCAUUCUAACAGGCUUCAUCAGUUUGGAACUUGUGGGUCCGGGGGUGUUGCAAUCAGCGGUGGUGGGUCUGGGGGUCCGGAGCUACGGCUUCGACAAUCGACGGCAGUGGGUCCAGGGGGUCCGGAGGCGCAGCUGUGGUUUGUUCCCAGUGUCUCUGUACUCUCAAAACACUCAGAUGGCAGAACCUGGUGUUGAUGUCACUAUGUGGUGCCAACACAGCCUGCAUGGCUCUGGUUCCAUAUUCUGGAUCAAACAGACGAGUAACUCUGUACCACAAUGUGUUGCAUGUAAAAAUCACAAAUCUAAAAACUGUUACUUCUUCACUCCAAACAAUCGAACUGUGAUGUCUGUGAAUGACAAGAAUGCCUCUCUCACCAUCACUGUAGUGGAUCCCACAGAUUCAGGACUAUAUUACUGCAGUUUGCUGCUAAAUGAUAAGAUAACCUUUAGCAACACAACAUAUUUACAUGUCAAAGACAGAAAUGAAACACCUGAGAGCAUCAACAUAACUAAAGAAGGUGACUGUGUGGGUUUAUUCACUCUCACUGUGGCGUUUGGUGCAGCGACAGUGUUUCUCCUCAGUUCCCUUCUUAUCAUCUAUAACAAACAGAAGAACAGAAAAGACACAAAGGAUGGUAACUCUGACAUCCUACAUACAAAAGAGGUGUAA